AUGUCGAGAUUCAGAGACAGGACAGAGGAUUUCAAGGAUUCUGUUCGGAAAGCCGCUGUCUCGAUGGGUUACAACGAGUCUAAAGUGGCGUCAACAAUGGCGUCUUUUAUCAUACAUAAGCCAAAGGAGAGAUCGCCUUUCACGAAAGCUGUUUACUUUACGCUGGAACGCAUCAAGGAGUUGGAUCAGUUUAUGUCCAAGCAUCGAAAAGAUUACGUUGAUCUGCACCGGACUACAGAACAGGAAAAAGAUAGCAUUGAACAAGAAAUAACUGCUUUUAUUAAAGUUUGCAAAGAACAAAUCGAUAGGCUCGAGAACAGCAUUAGAAAUGAAGAAGCAAACUCCAAAGGAUGGCUUGGCCUCUCAGGAGAUAAAUCCAAUGCUGCUACUAUAGCACACAAACAUGGAGUGGUUUUGAUUCUGAGCGAGAAACUUCAUUCGGUCACGGCAAAGUUUGACCAGCUUAGAGCUACUCGGUUCCAAGAUAUUAUCAACAGAGCUAUGCCGAGAAGGAAACCUAAGAGGGUCGCAAAGGAAGCUAAUCCAGUUAAUGCAGCUUUGGCAAAUCCAGAGUCCAGAGAACCAGAUGAAAUUCAGGCUCAGCCUCGUAGACUACAACAGCAACUUCUAGACGAUGAAACACAAGCCCUUCAGGUAGAGCUAAGUAAUCUUUUAGAUGGUGCUAGGCAGAUAGAGACUAAGAUAGUGGAGAUGUCUGCUCUGAAUCACUUAAUGGCAACUCAUGUUCUACAACAAGCCCAACAGAUUGAAGUUAUAUUUUACCAGGCGCUUGAGGCAACAAACAACGUGGAGCUUGGAAACAGAGAGCUUUCUCAAGCAAUCCAGCGUAACAGAGGCAGCAGAACCUUUCUCAUGCUGUUUUUCGUCGUCCUUACAUUCUCCGUCUUGUUCUUGGAUUGAGAGAAGAAACGCCUGCAGAGUAGCCAAUUAAGUAUCUGGAUCUCUGUUUCUUCGGGAUUCAAGGGAGAGGCAAAGCUCUUGUCUAAUUGA